UAAUGUUGAAAUUUCUUAAUCGCUGAGGAAAGUGACCGAAGCAAAAGGAGAAGGAAAGAAAGGAAUGCAGAGGAGCGCGAGAUUGUUAGGUGUUGUUGUUGUGGUGUUUUUGUUGUUUCCGAGGUCGACGACAAUGGCGGAGAAAGGCGUUACAGAAGCAGGAGCAGGGGACUCUUCUUCAAAGGAUGCAGCAGUUCAUAUAGUCUACACUGAGAAGCCCGAGGGUGAAGAACCCGAGGCCUUCCACCUCAAAACCCUAUCUACCGUCCUCGGCAGCGACGAGGCAGCGAAGGAAGCUCUGCUUUACAGUUACAAGUCCGCUGCAAGUGGGUUUUCCGCUAAGCUCACCCCUGAACAGGUCGCCGAGAUCUCAAGUAUGAAAUUCUCUCUUUCUAUCUCUGUAAUUAUUAUUUCCUUACAAAAUUCGUCUUGCUUUCUUAGAUUUUUUUUUUUUUUCUGCAAUCAAUGAAUCAAAAUAAACUAA